AUGGUCCAAAAAGUUCUUUUGUUAGGUUCUGGUUUCGUUGCCAAACCAACCGUUGAUAUCUUAUCUGAACAACCAAAUGUUGAAGUUACUGUUGCUUGUAGAACUUUAUCUAAAGCUAAAGAAUUAGCUGGUGAUAAUGCUAAAGCAAUUUCCCUUGAUGUUACCAAUGAAGCUGCUUUAGAUGAACAAGUUGCUGCUCAUGAUUUGGUUAUUUCCUUGAUUCCAUACACUUACCAUGUUUUAGUUGUCAAAUCUGCCAUUAAAAACAAAAAGAAUGUUGUUACCACUUCAUACAUUAACCCACAAUUGAAAGCUUUGGAAAAAGAAAUUGAAGAUGCUGGUAUCACUGUUAUGAACGAAAUUGGUUUGGAUCCAGGUAUUGAUCACUUGUAUGCUGUUAAAACUAUUGAAGAAGUUCAUGCUGCUGGCGGUAAAAUUGUUUCCUUCUUGUCAUACUGUGGUGGUUUACCAGCUCCAGAAGAUUCUGACAAUCCAUUGGGUUAUAAAUUCUCUUGGAGUUCAAGAGGUGUUUUAUUAGCUUUAAGAAACCAAGCUAAAUAUUGGCAAGAUGGUAAAGUUGUUGAAGUUUCAAGUGAAGAUUUGAUGGCUAGUGCUAAACCAUAUUUCAUUUACCCAGGUUACGCCUUGGUUUGUUAUCCAAACAGAGAUUCUACCACUUAUAAAGAAUUAUAUAACAUUCCAGAAGCUCAAACUGUUAUUAGAGGUACUUUGAGAUUCCAAGGUUUCCCAGAAUUCAUCAAAGUUUUCGUUGAUACCGGUUUCUUGAAGGAUGAUUCAAUGGAAGUUUUCUCUAAAGAAGGUCCAUGGAACAAAGCUACUGCUGAAUUGAUUGGCGCAAAAUCUGAAUCUGAAGCUGAUCUUGUUUCUAGAAUCAAUGAAUUGACUAAAUUCAAAUCACCAGAAGAUCAAGAAAGAAUCUUGGCUGGUUUCAAAUGGUUAGGUUUAUUAUCUGACAAGCCAAUUACUCCAAGAGGUAACCCAUUAGAUACAUUAUGUGCUACUUUGGAAGCAUUGAUGCAAUACGAAGAAGGUGAAAGAGAUUUAGUUAUCUUGCAACAUAAAUUUGGUAUUGAAUGGAAAGAUGGUUCUAAAGAAACUAGAACUUCUACUUUGGUUGAUUAUGGUGAUCCAAAGGGUUACUCUUCUAUGGCUAAAUUGGUUGGUGUUCCAUGUGCCGUUGCUACUAAACAAAUCUUGAAUGGUACUUUAUCCAAGAAAGGUUUGUUGGCACCAAUGACCUCUGAUAUUAACGAUCCAAUCAUGAAAGAAUUGAAAGAUAAAUAUGGUAUUUACUUGGUUGAAAAAACUAUCUAG